GGCCCUAUCUAACGGAGCACCGGUUGACGGUACCGAGCGAUAACCGAUGAUGCAGAACGCGGUCGUGUUAUCGCCGCGUGAUGUUCGUCACCGGUAGAAGAAUUGCGGCAGUCGUCAUUUCGUCCCGGUGCCCGUCGCACGCAACCGCCGCCGCAGCCCUAGAACGUUACCGGUUCGCCAGCCGCAGCAUGAGCAACAACGACGUGUCGCACGUUUACACGGCAGCGGCCCCCGCGCCCGUCGGUGCUUACAGUCAAGCAGUCAAGUACGGCGAUACAGUUUACUUGUCCGGCGCGUUGGGCUUGGACGUCAACACCGGUAAGCUGGUCGAAGGCGGUGCCGGUCCAGAGACCACCAAAGCCUUGGAGAAUAUUCAACGUAUCCUGGAAGCGUCUCAAUCUUCAUUCCGUUCAGUCGUUAAGACCACAGUUCUUUUGGCUGAUAUAAAGGACGGACCGACGGUGAACGAGAUUUACAAACAAUUUUUCGUGCAACCGUAUCCUGCUAGAGCAAUGUUUCAAGUGGCCAAUUUGCCUUUGGGUGCCAAAAUUGAAAUAGAAGUGGUUGCUGCGGUUAACAAGUGAUCGUGAUAAAAUAUAUUCCAUUAAUUUUUUUCUGUCAAAUAUAAAACAAAUAAUAAGCAACGAAAAUAGUUUA